UCUGGCUAGCUUCACACUAUCACUAGCUGCUAGAAGGACAGGGGAGAAAUGGCUGAUACCAUAGCUGACACAAGAAGGCUCUUCUCCAAGCCCCAGAACCUAAAUGACGCUUAUGGACCUCCAAGUAAUUUUCUAGAAAUUGAUGUAAGCAACCCUGAGACCAUUGGGGUUGGCAGGACCAGAUACACCACGUAUGAAGUCAGACUGAAGGUGGUCGUCCCUCCUCUCCCAGGAAAAGCUCUGUUCCGGCAGCUUCCGUUUCGAGGGGAUGAUGGGAUAUUUGAUGACUCUUUUAUCGAGGAGCGGAGACAGUCUCUGGAGCAGUUUCUCAACAAAGUGGCGGGUCAUCCUCUAGCUCAGAACGAACGCUGCCUGCACAUGUUUCUACAGGACGAGUCUUUGGACAAGAGCUACACCCCAUCCAAAAUCAGACAAGCCUGAGAGAAAAGAUGGCUCUGCGCUGCUCAGCCCGACUGUCCAAAGCUCUCUUCACUGCUCCAGGUUUCUCUCAGACAAUAAACAUUUCCACUUUUCCUCCACACGCUCCCCCCCCCAAAGUAAUAACGUUCACUGCCUCUUUUAGUUUAAUUAGUGACAAUGAUCUAUGUUUUUUCACUUUCUAAUUGGAGUCAAGAAUGUUCGACAUUUCUGUGAUUGAAGGUAAUUUAUAGUAAUUUCUCUUUAUGUCUGGAAAUGCCACUAACAUGGAUAUAUAAUGUAUUUAUCAUUUAGCUAUGUCUUGAAUAUAUUCAUGUAUAUAGUUACAUUGAAUGAGCAUUCUAUGUAUGCAAAGCUCUUGUAAAGACACACAGCGUUUCCCAUCAUAUAUAUAUCCAAUGCUGGUAUGUUGCACACCAUAACUGGCAACUACACACACACACACACACACACACACACACACACACACACACACACACACACACACACACACACACACACACACACACACACACACACACACACACACACACACACACACACAUAUAUUUGAUGGGCCUCAACUUUUAAAUCACACUCAGUUGAUCCUCUUCAAAAGGAAGCACCUGUGUGUACCAACCAGCACCUGACCAGUUAUCACAAUGAUUUUCUAAUAAGAAAGAAGUAAUUUACACAGAGGGAACUGCAGUAUUUCUACUGGCUAUAUGCAUUUUGAGAUUUGUAUACUGCUGUGCCAUUUUUGUUUAUUUUGAAGAUUUUCCAAUAAAAUAGGUGAAAUGUCUCCACACACGCA